AUGAAUGGCUCCGGAGCCAUGUCGCCUGUCUCCAUCGAUGGCAGCGACUGGUCUGGUCUCAACACAUAUCAGAAGUCGGACCCGCCCUUUUCCCCGACAAUCUCAUCGAGAGGCAAUCUGGCGACUCCUCCUACUUCCGGAGUGCCCAGCGCGCCCUUGAGCCCCACGGUGCCGACGCCUACCGGCAGUGGAAACCCUUCUCCGCCCAGCUCAAUCGCGGCGAGAUCCAGCGUCGGCACCGUUGGGGGCGACGCUCCCCUUAGCGGCAUACGGCGACGUCAGAUGGAGGAAAUCCUUUCAUCACAUUACACUGCCCUGAAGAGAUUCCUUAACGCUUCGUACCGCGAUGAUCGAUUAAACGCCCGAUCGAACAAGGCCCGCGACAAGCUUCUCCGCCUUUCACCUACACAAUUCCACGAGCUCAGUACUGAUGUGUACGACGAACUGAUCCGACGCCAGCAGGCCACUCCGCCACCUGGCCGACCUCCUCGCCCCGAUGUGCCAACUUUCCUUCCUCCCCGUGCGGAUUUCCACGAGAAACGCAAUCAUGCACGCUCAAAGUUGGCUUCCCUUCAACAUCAGCGCUUCCGAGACUUAGCUACUGAUGUCUUCUGCGAGUUGGAGCGUCGGUUCCCGCAUUUCACAGGCCGAGGGCGGCCACCGCCUGGUGCCAUGCUCCCGGGCGCUCGGGGCUCCCAGUCUCGUGGAGGUGGUCGCAUGGGUGGUGGCCGCGGGGGAUAUCCGUCUGGUGGACCUCCAAGCCCAUUCCCCCUCGAACAGGUUCUCUUGGCGGCCCGCCGUCAAUGA